UGUCCUAAGGUGAGCUCAGGGAGGACAGAAACCUCCCGUGGAGCAGAAGGGCAAAAGCUCGCUUGAUCUUGAUUUUGAGUAUGAAUACGGACCGUGAAAGCGGGGUCUCACGAUCCUUCACGAGCCGAUGUCGGCUCUUCCUAUCAUUGUGAAGCAAAAUUCACUAGGCGUUGGAUUGUUCAACCAUAAUAAGGAACGUGAGCUGGGAUUAGACCGUCGUGAGACAGCUGCCUGAACUCCUCCAGACUCAGGCGUGCACACAUUUCAUCUUCUUCCUCAUCGAUUGUGACGCUGAACUUCUGUCUCCCUCUGCUGAGGGAGCUCUUGCUGUUUUAACUUCUGCUGUCCAGCACACGAAAGCAGACUGUUGGAAUGUCUUCUAAAUCUCAUCCUCCUCUGAUGAAGAAACACAGUCAGACUGAUCUGGUGAGCCGGCUCAAGACGCGCAAGAUCCUGGGUGUCGGUGGGGAGGAUGAUGAGGGAGAGGUGCAUAGGUCAAAGAUCAGUCAGAUGCUGGGGAAUGAGAUUAAGUUUGCCGUUCGGGAGCCUGUGGGACUGAGGUUAUGGAUUCUCUUCUCUGCUGUGAUUUUCACUGUCAUGGCCCUUUUGGCCCUAGCCUUCCCUAACCAGCUAUAUGAGGUUGUAUUUGAUCAAGAGCAAACAGCCACCAGUGUUUCUAUACGUCUCUAUGGAGGGGCCAUUCUGAGUCUCUCUCUGAUCAUGUGGAAUGGCUUGUACACUGCGGAGAAGGUCAUCAUCCAGUGGACAUUACUCAGCGAGGCCUGCUACUUUGCCAUUCAGUUUUUAGUCACUUCCGUCACUCUGGUGGAACUGGGUUCCCUUCCAAAUAAUGCCAUCCUCCUCCUCCUCAGUCGCAUCUUCUUCCUCAUUGUCACGCUGUCCUACUACUACCAACUGGGACGUCGGCCAAAGAAAAUCUGAGAGCCCCACACACACCAGCCCAACACACCUGGGGCUCGGGGAGUUAAGAGAUGGGCCGCUGGGCUGGAGAUUUCAUCAUAAGCUUUGAACAGUGAUACACUCAAACAUCACCAAUCUGUCCACCUGGCGUUGAGCCUUACUGCAAGGACAGCGCCAAACCCCAGGCCUUUAUUUUAAUUUCCAGCUUAAACACAACACUGGAGUAUGCCUUUACAAGCAUCUCUUUUUGUUUUUUUGUUUUUUGUGGGAAAUGCUCACAAUGUUGUAAAGUGAAUUCUGUUUGUCUUUUGGUUAGUGCGGUGACAGUGUAGCACUCCUCAUUCAGCGUUUCUUGUGUAAGGUAUUGCACACUGUAGCCGAGCUUGGAAUGCUGGUGUAACUGUCUGUAGCUACUGUAUGGUUUCAGUAAAACUGUAAACAUUUUUAUGUAGAAAUGCCAAUGACUACUAGAUCCUAGUCAUGUGACGUGUGUAAGGGUGGCUAUUAAACAAUAGAAUGUGUUUUUUACGUGUGGGUUUUUCAUAAACAAUAUAACUAUUAUUAUUAAUGCUGUAAAUGGAGUUAAAAACAUAGCCACCCAGCUCUUGUACUUGAGGAUCAUGACUGCCUGGCGUGUGUAUCUGUAUUCAUGUAGAUGGCUUUAUCACUGUACCAGAAACAUCCUGAUUUACAUGGCUACAGACACUCGCCGUUCUCAUAUGGAAAUGGUUAUGAAAAGUUAUCUAUGCUUUAUUCGACAGACACAACAGAUCAACUGAAAUUGUCCAGUUAUGUAGUCGGUGCAUGGAACUCGUGAGAUUAUGUUAGAACAAAGCCUCUUCAGUUUUAUCGUUUCAGGAACUUCAUCGUUAAAGUGUUUUUUAAUGUGAACUAAUUGUCCAUAUUUCAGAUAACAGAUUUAGUUUUUGUUUGUGUCAAUGUGCACUGCUAAAACAACUUUUUCUUUCGGUAAUGCCACAGAACAUGGUUGUGUAGCACGAUGGCAUGUCGCAUUCAUUUUAACAACCAGUGUAGCAGUAUUUUCCUAAUAUUGCCUUAACAUUCUAAACUGCACAAGUGUUCCACAUGUCGGCACACUGCCAGUUGUUUGUAUUGUUAUCUGGAUAAAGCAAUAUAUAUAUAUUAUAUAUAUAAUUUUGUUUUUUUAUUAUUUUAUUUUUUUUCUGUUGAUUGAAAAUGUUUCAGUUGCUUAUUUAUUGGCCUGCCCCAAAGUUUUUGCUGAAAUUAGUUUAGAUUUGUAUUAUUAUUUUGGUUAGUGGUAUCACUAGCAAGUUUAUUGUCUGAGAAAUUCUGAAAUGAUCUUGUAUAUCCAUGAUGACAGUUGUUCUUAUGUGAGGUCUGCUGAGAUAAACAGUGUAAAAAGUGUGUGUGUGUUUGUGUGUGUGUGGACACCUGCUGCCCUCUGUGUAUUUGAUAGCUUAUGGUGUACAACCCCCCAUAAACAUAAUGGAUUUCAGAGCCUUUUGAAAUAACUUUUCAUCUCUAACUUUGUAUUCUCUUGAGGCUGCUGAUCAUGAUUGGGUAUAUGGAAGGAAACAAUACAUUUAGCAAGCAACUAUAUAGCAGAUAACUGUUUUUAAGUGUACCAUGCCACUUGUAGGUUUUCAUACACAGUUGAUAGAGCUUAUGUGGAGGCUAAACAGUGUGUAAUAUUGUGUAUGUGCACAAAAGUAGCAGUUACUCUUUGUGAGGUCUAAUUAGGUGUUCACAUUUGGCUCGGCCAUGCUUAAACCUCUGCUCUACAUAGCUUAAAGGUAUAGUUCAACCAAAAAUGAAUAUUCUCUCAUCAUUUAUUCACCCUCAUACCUUCCCAGAUGUGUAUGACUUUGUUUCUUCUGCUGAACUCAAACAGAUAUUUCUAGAAGAAUAUUUCAGCUCUGUAGGUCCAUACAAUGCAAGUGAAUGGUAAUCAGGUCUUUGAAGCUCCAAAAAGCAGAUAAGGUCAGCAUAAAAGUAAUCUAUAUGACUCCAGAGUUUUAAUCCAUGUCUUCUGAAGUUAUCCAGUUGGUUUUGGGUGAGAACAGACCAAAAUGUAACUCCUUUUUCACGGUACGUCUAGCUGCAUGCGCAGAGCACUAGUUGGUGCUAUUGGAAGUAUAAUCGAGCUUUAAAUCAUGAUUGCCAAGGAGACUGCUGUCAAGAUGUACAGUGAUAAAGGAGUUUUCACUUCAGAAGACAUUGAUUAAACCACUGGAGUCUGAUGGAUAAUGUUUAUGCUGCCUUUGUGUUUUUGGAGUUAUGAACCUACAGAGCUGAGAUAUUCUUCUAAAAAUCUACAUUUGUGUUCUGCAGAAGAAAGAAAGCCAUACACAUCUGGGAUGGCAUAAGGGUGAGUAAAUGAGAGAAUUUAAAUUUUUGGGUGAACUAACUCUUUACAAUGGGUAAUAAGUUGAAAGGAACAACCUUGUAGAGGCUCAUGAUACAGUUUCUUUCACAAGAUUUAGUCUCCUUUACAUGUAAACAGGUUCACAAUUUAGCAGUAGCCUACUAAUCUCAGAUAUAGAUUCCAAACAUUUGUUCUGUGGCGCUCCUCUCACUGUUCUGCAUAUAUUUGCAAAUAUUUUCAUCUAUAAAUUGAAAUGUUAGUUUCUUUGGUGCGGAACCAUCCUAACCAGUAAUUCAGAAUAAGUACGGUUUUUACGGAGUGUUCUGUUCCUUUCAUUUACCUCUCAUUAAAAAGAACAAUUUUUCCUUUUAACACUUGCCCAACUUAUGACAAUGAUGGCAAAUGCCAAACAUAAACCAUUUGCUAUUCAUGACUCCUGAGAAUUAUGUUGCCAUGGAAUUAGAAAUAAAUAUCCAGUUAUCUAAUAAUGGUAUGGCUUCAGUUGUUUGCAGAUGGUAUACUUAUAAGGCACUGAAGGAAUGUUGAUGUACUUUUUAAAUGUGUGUGUAAAUAUUUUAUUGAGAGAUGUUAUGACCUGCAUUAUCUUUUUGAAUAAAGAAAAUG